CAUGGGUCCCAUCAUCUCAGAGCCUGGAGGAGGCAAUCACAGCCUUCACCAAUGAUCCUGCCACUCCGGUGGAAACAGAAACCCAUUAAACAGCACCCCACAUUCUGGCUUCCCUUGUGACCAUCCACCACCUUCCACGUGCCCAGAACUAUGGUCAGUAACUAUCCCAGGCCCCAGCAACCUGUUUACAAACAUCUAGAAUUCCCAGGCACUUCAGGAUGUUUCCAAGCAGGCAGCAAAGUCUUCUCUGAGAGAAGCCGUCCCUUCAGAUCUAUUUAUGCCGGUGUAAACACUUGCCAAGGAAACAAGGCAUGUGGGCAUGCGCGGCCCUGCCAGCCCUGGGGUUGCUGCAAAAGGCAACUGGAAAGUCACAUGUCCCAACAGUGGAAAAUACAUAUGCAGCUAUUCUUAGCUCUGGAAUGUAUACACCGUCUCCCUGCCCAGCAGCUCUGUCACAAAGCUCUAGAAAACUGUGAAAGCGCCUUUAGCAUAAACAAAUCCAGAACUCUCCCAGGACCAACCAUUUGUCAACUGAAGGAAAGGCCCAGGUUUAUGGUUUCACUUGGAGCCAGAGGUGGAAACUCCGGCGGGACCAGUCGGACCGGGCAUCAGUGGCUAUCCCUGCAGCCAAACAAGAGGGCCACACCCCCUCAGAAUGACAAGCUUGGGGAAUGACUAACACCCAGAAAGAUGCAGAGAUGAGUUCACUAAAUAACAGAAGGCUGAGAAUCUGGAGAUAGGCUCAUAGACUUCCGCUGGUCAAGUGCACGGGCUGUUUAUUUUGCUUCCGGCUAACAUUUCAGACCCCGACAAUCAGUACCUUCCUACAACCUUCGUUGUUUUUGUUUGCUUGUUUUUUUUCUCAGCUUAUCUGAAGGAAGAUGUUAUUUGCCUGUUACCUUUCAGAGCAAUCAUAACCAAAAAGAGAGGUGUCAGCUGUGGGGUCUGGAGUGUGGGUGGCCUCCCUCUGCAAUCUUCACUAAGCAAUAUUCUUGGCGAUACCCAUACGAACUGGUGAGUGGACACAGAUGCUCUAAGUCUCCGAGCUGCGACAGCUAAACCCUCCUGUACGUGCUCCCUCUUGGAACUCCCCUUCACCCCACUUCUUUGCAGGAUGGACAAGGAGUCAGCAGACGGGCUGCUCUUCAAAGACCACGACUUCUCCUCUGACUUGUUGAGGCAGCUCAAUGGCUUAAGACAAAGCAGAAUCCUGACGGAUGUAAUCAUCUGUGUUGGGGCCUGGGAGGUCCCCUGCCACCGAAACGUGCUGGCCUCCAGCAGCCCCUACUUCCGGGCCAUGUUCUGCAGCAACUUCCGGGAGAGCGGGGAGGCCAAGGUCCAGCUGAGAGGCAUCGACUCCACGACCCUGGAGCAGCUCGUCCUGUAUGUGUACACGGGGGAGGCGCCCAUCACGGCUGAGAACGUCCUGCCCUUGCUGGAGGCUGCCUCCAUGCUGCAGUACCCCAAGCUCUUUGAGGCCUGCUCCUCCUACCUGCAGAGCCAGCUGACCCCCAGCAACUGCCUGGGCAUGAUCAGACUCUCGGAGAUCCUCAGCUGCGAGACCCUCAAGAGGACGGCCAGGGAGGUGGCCCUGACGUACUUCCCAGAGGUGGCCGCAUCCGCCGACCUGAAGGAACUCUGCGCCCUGGAGUUGAGAGACUACCUGGGGGACGACGGGCUGUGCGGGGAGGAGGAAAAGGUGUUUGAGGCCUUCAUGGGUUGGGUCAAGCAUGACCUCCAGACCCGGAAGCGAUACAUGCAGGAACUGUUCGAGCUCGUCAGGCUUCCGUACGUCCACCCGGGCUUCUUCCACCACUUCAUCGCCAACGAUGCCCUCCUUCAGUCCUCGCCCUCGUGCCAGAUCAUCUUGGAGACGGCCAGGAGGCAGAUGCGUUCUUUGUAUGGCACCACCAGUGUCCCAGACCUCCAACCUCCGUGGCACGUGCCCCCAAGGACCUCUUACCAAGACUUCCUCAUCCUCUUGGGUGGGAGGAAGGACAGCCAGCAGACCACCAGGGACGUUCUGCUGUACCACAGGCAGACAGGCCAAUGGCGGAGCCUCGCCAAACUCCCCACCCGGCUCUACAAGGCCGCAGCCGUGGCCUUGCACCGCGGCGUCUAUGUGCUGGGAGGCAUGGCCGUGGGCACAGAGAAGAGUGAGCCCAGUCGCCACGUCUACAUCUUCUCCCUGAAACUCAACCAGUGGAGGCUGGGGCAGCCCAUGCUGGCGGCCCGCUACUCCCACAGAAGCACCUCCCAUAAGAACUUCAUCUUCUCCAUCGGGGGGAUUGGAGAAGGGCAGCAGGUCUUGGGCUCCAUGGAGAGAUAUGACAGCGUCUGCAAUGCCUGGGAGAAUAUGGCCAGCAUGCCAGUGGGGGUUCUGCACCCUGCAGUUGCUGUGAAAGACCAAAGACUCUACCUUUUCGGGGGAGAGGACAUUAUGCAGAACCCUGUGCGCCUUAUCCAGGUUUAUCACAUUUCCAGGAACACGUGGUUCAAAAUGGAGACGAGAAUGAUCAAGAACGUGUGUGCCCCUGCAGUGGUGCUGGGGGAGCGGAUUGUCAUCGUGGGAGGUUACACAAGGAGGAUUCUGGCUUAUGACCCUCAGUCCAACAAAUUUGUCAAAUGUGCGGACAUGAAAGACCGGAGGAUGCACCACGGGGCCGCGGUGAUGGGGAACAAGCUCUACGUGACGGGCGGCCGGCGGCUGACCACGGACUGCCACAUCGAGGACUCGGCCUCCUUUGACUGCUACGACCCCGAGACGGACACCUGGACCUCGCAGGGGCAGCUGCCUCACAAACUCUUUGACCACGCCUGCCUCGCUCUCCAGUGCAUUCCCCACGCCUCCACCUUCUCCUGAGGCCGAUGAGAAACCAAAAAACCGGCUGUGUUAGUCCAGACGUUCUUGUUGCAAGAGACAGAACCCACCUCCAAAAAGCUUCACCCUAAACAGGUGCAGCCAGAGCUCAAGAGACUCAAAGUUCCAGAGCUGGAGGCCUGGAACAGACCUAUUGUUGGCAAAAUUCUCUCUCUCUCUCUCUCUCUCUCUCUCUGGCUUUGUUCUCCACACCAUGUGAGGACAAAUCCAGACUCACAUUCUCUAGCUUAGCGUCUUCAGGAGAGACUUUACCAUUAUCCAUAUAUUAACCCUAAAAAGAAUUAAACAAUGCUGUUUGGCCCUUUUUGAAUUCCAUGCAACCUCUUGAGCCAAUCACCAUUUCCAGAGAUCAUACUACCAUAACUGGCUAGUCCUGGAUGGCGUCCCUACAGGCAGAGGUGGGGUUAAUGAUCGUGGACAACCUAUCUGAACGGCACUUAAUGGCAUAGAAGUGGUUCCCCAAAGGAAGACAUGCUGGGCUGACAAAAGCCACAUCUGCCCGAACACCAUGGAGACUGGGAACAGGAGGGCGAAGAGCCCCAGGAAGCCCCUGGUCCGGGUGGCAGCAUGAGCGGUGGCCAUGGCCGAGUGUCCCUGCGGCCAGGGAUGCGGUGCGUUGGAAUUCCAGAAAGUAUGUGCAGCUCCGUAUCUAGUGUUCGCAGCAUUGUCUGUGCUGCCAGAAUAAAGUUUGCUUC